GCCUAGCAAAUAAGUCGUAGCAUUAGAGAAAAUGGGUAACGUAGAACUAGACUUUUCAGCUAUACCCAAAUUGCACGGGCGUCAAAACUUUUGGCAAUGGCGAAUCCUUUUGCGUGCCUACCUAGAAGCAAACGAUCUGUGGAAAAACAACCUUCCCAAAGAGAGUCCCCAUGCCAAAUUUAUAAUUUUGGCUACUGUACAGGGCGAUAAGAUUGAGCCAGCCUAUGACGAUGAGUCUUGCCAAUAUAUAUUUCAGAACUUGGAACACCGUUUCGGACCAUAUAAUUAGCUUAAUAUUCAUUGAAAUUAAAAAGAGAUCUUAAAUUAGUUUUUAAA